CUCCCGGCCUUGUCACGACCCCCGGUGGUGGCCCGCUGCAGCCCUGCCCCGCCGAGCGAGCGAUCGGACCGCGGGGCCCCACGGGCGGCCUCCGGAGCAGCUCCAGCCCAUGCGGGCCGCGCGCCCGGCCGCUGGCGCUGAGGUCUCGGAGCUCUGCUGGGCCCCCGAGGAGGAGCCUCCGGAGGAUCAUCAAUGCGGUUCAAGAAUCGAUUCCAGCGGUUUAUGAACCACCGGGCCCCAGCCAAUGGCCGCUAUAAAGCAACUUGUUAUGAACAUGCUGCUAAUUGUUACACACAUGCAUUCCUCAUUGUUCCGGCCUUUGUGGGCAGCGCCCUCCUCCAUCGGCUGUCUGACGACUGCUGGGAGAAGAUAACGGCAUGGAUUUAUGGCAUGGGCCUCUGUGCCCUCUUCAUCGUCUCCACAGUAUUUCACAUUAUAUCAUGGAAAAAGAGCCACCUCAGGUUAAAUCUCCGUGAACUUGGACCUCUGGCAUCUCAUAUGCGUUGGUUUAUCUGGCUCAUGGCAGCUGGAGGAACCAUUUAUGUAUUUCUCUACCAUGAAAAGUUUAAGGUGGUUGAGCUCUUUUUCUAUCUCACAAUGGGAUUUUCACCAGCAUUGGUGGUGACAUCAAUGAAUAACACCGAUGGACUUUACGAACUUGCCUUUGGGGGCUUAAUUUAUUGCGUGGGAGUUGUGUUCUUCAAGAGUGAUGGCAUCAUUCCAUUUGCCCAUGCCAUCUGGCACCUGUUUGUGGCCACGGCAGCUGCAGUGCAUUACUAUGCCAUUUGGAAAUAUCUUUACCGAAGUCCUACAGAUUUUAUGCGACAUUUAUGACCAAUCUGUACUAGGUCUCCAAACCAGUAUUAUUUUAAUUAUGGCACUUGGGAAUGGGGUAAGAGCUGAAAAUUGCACAGAGGGGGGGAAAAAAAAAAAAGAAGACACUGCACUGACUUUAUCUUUAUAUCUUUUGACUAUAUUUACUGUGAAAGUUAUAAAAGCUGUGUUUUAGAAUUCUCCCUCUCACAGCAGAUAAAUAAGAUAGUGAAUUAAUUCUUCAUUCCAUUCCACUAUCAUGAAGGACUCUGCGUAGACUUGGCCAACUGAUGUUUACAAAGCCGAAUUUUGUAUUUUCAUUUUACAGGUUUUACUACAUGGUUUUUCUAAAUUACUGGGUCAGGUUGUCAAAGUCAGUGCAACUACAAGCUUCCUUUUUAAGAGAAAUCAUUUCUAUCACUUUCCCAUCAGCUAUGUAAAGAAUCAUGGACAGAACUUACACUACCUUUACCAUGUUUCAUCUUGGCAUAACAUGGUUAUUUUUUAAAGAGAAACUUUAGUUUUUGUAAAUUUUUAAAAACAAUUUCAUUGAACCACAUCUCCAUGGUUCUUCAUUCAUGUGAAUUUUUGCAGAAAAUUUUCAACAUUCCACAAAAAAACAUUAUACCUCUUCUCGAUCGUUUUAUUAAGCAUGGAGAGAAAUUGCCAAUUUUUAAAAACUACCGUUUUCCGAACUUUUCUGCCAACCUCUGACUCUGAAUUCUGUGCUGCUUUGGGCCAUAUAUACUUGAUCGAGUUUGGUUUACCAGUGAUGGAAAAGUAUUUUGAUAUCAUACACUUUUUCAGAAGAUUCAAUCUUUUCUCUAUGCCUUUGCCAUGUUCUCUUCAAGGUGUUCUUUCCCCAGUGGAUGAGUGUUCAUGUCUGUAUUAUGAUAGUAUUGUGGAUUUGGCCAUCCACUGAAAGCUCCAGCUAAGUGGUCUUGCCUGUUCGGUGCCUGACAGUUAAGUCAUUGUCACUUAGCUUUAUAUCAUCCAUAUGAUGUUCAUAUUAAAUUGUGGAAUUUGAUGCAUAAAUUCACAUUUCUGCCUUUCUCCUGCAUCUCCUGAUAGGCUUUUUUUUUUUUCUUUUUCCUAGAAAAAGGUUUAAAACAUUGAUUGUUUUAAUAGAAACUCACUUGUCUGUAGUCUACAAUAUAAUAUUGGCUCAGUGAAGUGAUGAUUAAUAUAUAUUUGUUCUUCCUCAAUGUCUUAUAUUAAGAUUAAUGUAUUAAUUGCUUUGUUAAUUAAUCUCCUGUUGGUGAUUUAAUAAAUGAAAUAGCUUAGGUUUUCGAUUGGAUGUAGAAAUCGCCUGUUUUCUAGAAAUGGGUCUGAGCGUUGGAAUUGUUGGCUUGACAAUCCAUUUGACUUUUACUGUAAUUUUGUACUGACAAUGGCUUUAAAAAGGAGUGUGUGUGCCCAUGUACGCACAUGCACUUGUGUGUACCUGUGUGUGUGUGUGUGUUUAGAACUCUGAUGAACUUGGUGAUUUAUCAGAGAGUGAAGAAUUGAAGAACUAGCAUUUGCUAGUGACCUUUUAAACUGUAAGGUGUACCCAGUUAAAACACCAACCAGAUCACCCCUGUCUGCAUGGCUCUGAACAUCUAGACACUUGUUUUAUUGUGGAUAUUUUACUUUAAUAUAUUAACUUGUGUGGAUUCAUUUAAAGUCUGCUCAAAGUAACACUGUCAAAACCACUAAAAUGUAAUGUGUCGU